AUGGCUUUUAUUGGUAAAAUCAACCUAUGGGAUAGUUGCAAAGUUUUAAGGUUGACUAAAAACCUCAGGCUAAGUUCGGUACACAACGGUGUGAACCGGCAGGCAUUACAAGAGUUUGCUAACUGGAUUGCCAAUAUCGGCGAUGGAAAGCUGGGUGAGCGGAAUGAUGGAUUCGCAGAGGUUGAAAUACCAAAUCACAUGUUAGUAUCAUCCGGGAGGGACGACAUUAAAGCAAUUGUGGACAGUACAUUUCUAAUGUUUGCAAAUGGAAAUACUGACUCCGAGCAUCUGAUAGGUCGUGCUAUACUAGCACCAACGCUCGACGUGGUCAACGCAGUUAAUGAAUAUAUGACUGAGUUGCAUAAUGUCGAAAGCAGGUCAUACUAUAGUUCAGACGCAGUAUGCAAAGCCGAUGGCGAUAAUGGUAUACUUGGAGAUGUACACACACCAGAAUUUCUAAACAGCAUUCGGGUGUCAGGUCUAUCAAAUCAUACACUGAAUUUGAAAAUCGGCUCACCAGUAAUGUUAAUGAGAAAUAUUGACCAUUCUCUUGGGUUGUGCAAUGGAACUCGGUUGAUAAUCACAAAGUUAGCAGACCAUGUUAUUGAAGGCGAGCUUCUCACUGGUCCCAGCAAAGGUACAAAAGUGCUAAUCUCCUGA